AUGGCACCAGUUCCCAAGCUCAAGGACCCUUCGCUCCUCAAGACUGACGUCGGUUACGUCAAUGGAGAAUGGGUUAAGGCAGCCUCUGGCAAGACCUUUGAGGUCCAUGAUCCCUCUACCGGAAAGUUGGUCGGCACAACCCCCGAGUUUGAUGGCAAGGAUACCGAGAUUGCCAUUGCCGCUGCUGCGGAGGCUUUCAAGACAUUCCGCAAGACGACUGGCCGCGAACGAUCCAAGAUGCUCCGGAAGUGGUACGACCUAAUGGUUGAGAACUCUGAUGAUCUUGCUACUCUGAUUACAUGGGAGAACGGCAAGCCCUUUGCUGAUGCCAAGGGCGAGGUCACCUACGCCGCCAACUUUUUUGAGUGGUUCAGUGAAGAGGCCCCCAGAGUAUACGGCGACACAAUCCCCUCUUCUGUCGCUGGCAACCGUGUCGUCACCAUUAAGGAGCCCGUCGGUGUUUGCGGACUGAUCACCCCCUGGAAUUUCCCGGCUGCCAUGAUUACAAGAAAGAUUGGACCUGCGCUGGCUGCUGGUUGCACCGUGGUGUGCAAGUCUCCUGGCGAGACGCCCUUUACGGCCUUGGCCAUUGCCGAGCUGGCUCACCGCGCUGGCAUUCCCAAGGGUGUUGUCAACAUCAUUUCCGCACUCGACAAGACCAUCGAGGUUGGUGAAGUUUUGACCACUCACCCCACUAUUCAAAAGGUCUCCUUUACCGGCUCAACUGGCGUCGGCAAGAUCCUGAUGAAGCAGGCUUCGUCAACUCUUAAGAUUCUGUCCAUGGAGCUCGGUGGCAACGCACCUUUCAUUGUCUUUGAUGAUGCAGAUGUGGAAGCCGCUGUUGCUGGUGCCAUUGCCUCCAAGUUCCGUUCGUCGGGUCAGACUUGUGUUUGCGCCAACCGUAUCUACGUUCAGAAGGGCGUCUACGAGGAGUUCGCGCAAAAGUUUGCCGAGAAGGUUAAGGGCUUCAAGAUUGGCAAUGGUUUCGACGAGGGCAUUACACAUGGUCCUUUGAUUCACGGUCGUGCCGUGUCAAAGGUCGAGUCACACAUCAAGGAUGCUACAAGCAAGGGUGCUCAGGUUAUUGUGGGCGGUCAGAAGCUGCCUGACCUGGGUGCCAACUUCCAUGAGCUCACUGUCAUGACCGGCAUGACCAAGGAGAUGGCCAUCGCUUCCGAGGAGACUUUCGGCCCCGUCGCCGGAUUGUUCCCAUUCGAGACUGAGGCCGAGGUUGUCGAGCUCGCCAACGCUGCUGAGGUUGGCUUGGCUGGAUACUUUUUCUCCAGCAACAUUGAACGCAUCGGUCGUGUUGCAGAGGCCCUCGAGGUUGGAAUGGUUGGUGUCAACACUGGCCUCAUUUCCGACACUGCCUCGCCAUUCGGUGGUGUGAAGCAGUCUGGAUUCGGCCGCGAGGGAUCCAAGUACGGUAUUGAGGAGUACCAAAACAUCAAGACCAUCACAUAUGGUGGUAUGGGUAAGCCUCUGCAGGGAUCCUCGUAA